GGGGGGGGGGGGGUGAGGGAGGGAGGGAGGGAGAGAGAGAAGGAGAGAGAGAGAGAAGACCCUGGGGUGGGCUGCUGCAAGCGGCGGGCAACAACCGAGCCAUGGAGGGCGAUGUGCGUGUUCGUGCAGUGGUGAUGACGCGUGAUGACUCCAGUGGCGGUUGGGUGCCUCUUGGUGGUGGUGGCCUCAGCCAUGUGGUCAUAUGUAAGGGGCGGAGUCAUGAUGGCAAGGGGCGGAGAGAAUACAUCAUACGAGGAGAAAGGCUGCGAGAUCGAGCGCCGGUGCUGGAGUGUGCAGUUCAAAGGGGGUUAGUCUACAACAAGGUGAACCCCAUCUUCCAUCACUGGCGUGUAGAGGAUCGCAAGUUUGGCCUAACGUUCCAGAGUCCAGCUGAUGCCAUCUCCUUUGAGAAGGGGCUGCAGACGGUCAUAGACAAGCUCGACAGAGGCUCUGACUCACCCUCAUCCUCCACGCCAGAAGAGGCGGACACUGAGGAUGAUGGACAAGCUUCCCAUACAGGCAGUGAGUCGUCGUCCAACAGCCGGAAGGAAAUGCUUCCCAAACCCAUCACCAUAGUGACGAGUGAGUCGUCAUCCACCUGCUUUGUGCGACCAGAAGAAUUUGGUUUUGGAUCUGCUGUCACGACUCAGACACCUGCUCAGAUCCACACCAGGCCAGGUCAGCACCAGCUCACGCAAAUGUCAGCUGUGUUGAACCCCCCAGCACCCCCGCCUCCUCCACCGGCUCCACCUACUCCUCCUGUGGGUCCUCCAGCCUCAUCUCCUCUGUCCCCCCUCUCACCUACCAUUUCUCUUUUGGAGGAAGGCGAUCUGCGCAGUGUGGACCCCUGCAAGGACUUGUGGGGUUCCAGAGGCUACGAGGACUACCGAAGGGCGGGGGCCACCAGGAAUGGGUUGGAGGUUUGACAGGGGGGUGUAGUGGUUGGUGGAGGGAGUUUGCAAGACAAGUCAGAGCUGUGUGUGGUUCGCUUUGAGAAAGAGCUGGGGGGAGUGGGGACGGCGGACUGUGAUGUGACUGUGAGCCUAGACAGUAAAGCUUCACAGCGUCUGUCUUCAUCGUCACCAACCUGCAUGUCCAUGCCCAACGCUGUGUCAGGUGUGUCUUCAGGUGCCGGCUCACCUCAGGAGACGGCCAAAGGCUCGCCCUCUCCCUGCUGCAUCCACACCUCACUGGCCACGCCUCGAUCGCGGACUCGUAAGAGAGGGGGAGGGGCCAGCAGCAGCGCUGACCCGGGGGUGAUCUCCCCUGAUGACGACAGCCCUUGUCCUCAGGCCUCGUCGUCAUGUUCAUCUCGGUGUGUGUACUGCCGCUCGGUUUUCAGCGCUUCAGAGAAUGGGCGGGGCCGCUGCAGAGACGCCCCGGACCCGGCCCUGCACUGCCUGCGCCAGUGGACCUGCGUGUGGUGUGCGGAGAGUCUGCUCUAUCACUGCAUGUCGGACUCUGAAGGCGAGUUCUGGGAGCCUUGCUCGUGUGAUGACUCGAUGGGGGGUCAUCCACACCCGCUCUGCUGCGCCCGCUGGUUGGCCCUUCUGGCCUUGUCACUCUUCGUGCCCUGCAUGUGCUGCUACCUGCCUUUGCGCGCCUGCCUGCAGUGUGGGGAGAGGUGUGGCUGCUGUGGCGGAAAGCACAAGGCGGUCCGAUGAGGCCAGGCUCAGGGGUGGGAGGGGUUCCCUGGACAAUAAAGGGGUUUGGGUGGCGAGACGCGAUGGGGACAGCACAGCAGGUGGAGCGGCGUUCUCAGUAGACCCAGACCUCUGACGUGACCCUCCAAAGCCCCGUGGCCUCCACUGCAUCCUGCUCUCUCUCUUUUCGGGCCUUCCUCGCAGGUCCACGCCCACUGAAGGUGCAGCGCCAGCACACUGGGCUCUGCGGGAGUCACCUGGAGCCUUCACGGUGGAUCUACUGAAGGUUGGCUCAUCUCAACUUAAGAGUCAAAGACUUAACUGAAUCAAAAGAGUGGCAGAGGCAACCAUGAUGUGUACACUGUUUCAAAUGUCUGUUUUUUUAUUUAGAAAGAAAAAACAGAAAAACAAAAGAUGUUUAUAUAUAUGAUUGUUAUAAUUUUAAUUGGUAUAUUUUAGUAAAUGUAAAACAUAU